GCCCCACUCAAGACCUCCCGGAGGCUUCGCCAGCCGGCCAGCAGGCCAGCAGCAGUCCAUCGGGCGCUGGAUAAAGAUCAGACUUUGCCGGGUUAAGAACUUGCCCAAGUUCAUGAAGCUUAGGAAGCUUUUUGACUCCAGGAAGUCUGACUUCGGAGCCUUGACUCUUUUUUGGUACUGGGGAUUGAACCUGGGGGGGUGCCUUGGCACUGAAAUACAUCCUCAGCUCUUUUUAUUAUUAUUUUUUAAAAUUUUGAGACAAGGUGCCCAGGCAAGCAUCCAACUUACAAGGCCUCCUGCCUUAGCCUCCUGAGUUGCUGGAAUAAAGAAAGGCAUGAGCCACUGAGACUGGCUACACUUAUUUUUUAAAAUUAAUCAAUCCCCAUUUACUGAACAUCUGCAAUGUUAGCACCUUUGAUAAAGUAUAUCCAGACCUUAUGACAAAUGUGUAACAAAUAACUAUUAUAUGGAUUACAAGGGAAGAAUGCAGACCAUCAAAUGUGUGGUUGUAGGAGAUGGGGCUGUGGGUAAGACCUGCCUCCUCAUCAGUUACACUACAAAUGCAUUUCCUGAGGAGUAUAUCCCCACUGUCUUUGACAACUAUAGUGCCCAAACAUCUGUGGAUGGCCAAAUCGUCAGCCUGAAUCUGUGGGAUACUGCUGGCCAAGAAGAAUAUGAUCGAUUGCGGACACUCUCCUACCCCCAGACCAAUAUUUUUGUCAUUUGUUUUUCCAUUGGCAACCCAUCCUCUUAUGCCAAUGUGAGGCAUAAGUGGCACCCAGAAGUCUCCCAUCAUUGCCCCAAUGUACCUGUUCUGCUGGUAGGCACUAAGAGGGACCUGCGAAGUGACCAUGAGACAGUGAAGAAGCUGAAGGAACAGAGCCUAGUGCCCACAACUCCUCAACAAGGCAAUUCGCUGGCUAAGCAGGUAGGGGCUGUGAAGUAUCUGGAAUGUUCAGCCCUGAUGCAGGAUGGGGUACAUGAGGUGUUUUUGGAAGCUGUCCGGGCAGUGCUUUACCCUGCCUCAAAGAAGAAUGCUAAGAAAUGUGUCCUCUUGUAGCUUUUGGGUGCUACUUUGGAGACUGCACCUAAAAAUGUAAAGGAAGCUUCCUUUGAUAGUAGUUGCAAGUGCCAGCAUGAGCCAUUUCUCUCUUCCCCUAGAAGCCCUAGACUCCUGGUUAUUUGGCUUUUGGAGGAACCUAGAAGACAGACUAUUUCAUACACAACUGCUUUUAAGUUUGGUAUGAACCUUGUGGAGGAAGUUUGUGUGUGUCUAUCUGUAUCCCCUGUCACAAGCAGUAAAAGGAGAUGCCACUGAAUGCUGUUCUUUUUUCUACUGGCCAAGCCGUGAUGAAGCACAGCAAUCUUCAUGCUGUCCUUGGGAAGCAUUUGCUUGUCUGCUUUGAAAUCUAACUUUGACUUUCUUUGCUGUAUCUACCAUUGAGCAAGUGCCUCAGACAAUGAUUUUUAAAUCACUGCCUUAAACUUUUAGAUAUUCUAAUUUUUUUUGUGAUCCUGGGGAUUGAACCUAGGAUCUCAUGCAUGCCACAUAAGCACCAUUGAGCUGCACCCCCAGUCUUGAUAUGCUAAUUUUCCCAUAUUGGUGAAACCUCAGGGUUCUUUACCACUUAACUACAUCCCCACUCCUUUUGACUUUUUGAGACAGGGUCUCACUAAGUUGCCCAGGCUGGCCUCAAACUUGUGAUUCUCCUGCCUCAGCCUCCUAAGUAGCUAGGAUUAUAGGUGUCCUAAUAUACUGAGUUUUUGAAAGCCAUUUUAUUUGUGUUAUGCAUGUUCCCAAUGUUGACACAUUCCUCUUAUUCUUGAGAUGAGACAUUUUCACAAAAAUGGUUAAGCAUCAUUUUCCAAAAAUCUGAGCUAGUAAUAGAUGUUCAUUUUUAAAGGGUUCUAUCUAUUGUCCAAUAAGCUCAGGAAUCAGCAAUUUAUAUAAAACCCAUCAGGUUUCUUUACAGUAGAACUUUAUAACUUAUUAUGUAUGCAUUGUUUCCCACACUUAUUUCACCACUGAACAUUUUUGGAGGUCCCAUAUAAUACCAGAUAAUAGUUUCAGAGAAGCUGGGUUAGUGGAAACUGGGAAUUCUCAAUGAGGCUUAAAAAAAUGCAAAAAGCAUAAUGUGGUCCUGUUCUUUGAUGUUUUCCUCAUUAUGCCUUUGAGACAAAUGUUUAUAUCAGCCAUGGACUUAUUAUUGGUUCCUCUGCUUCAGGAGAUGGGUUUGGCAUUUAGUGAUGAUAGUGCAUGUACUGCAGAUAGGGUCCCACAGUGAGAUCUGCUAUUAGAUUCCACUAGCACUGUCGACUUGGUGAUGUGGAAGUUAUUCAAUCCCUCGAAAAGCUGUAUCUGAGUCUUCUGUGUGGUCCCUUUCCCUCUUAGUCACUUCCUGUAAAAUAAACCCACUCAAGGUCAAUUCCCUAAAUAAAACAAAAACAAAACAAUUAAA